AUGUCGUCCAUGGCCGCCGUUCCGCAGACUGAUGAGGAGGAAAUGGAAACUUCACAGAUUUGGGGGUCAACCAAUGGAAACGAAGCAAAGGUUUCUCAUUGGUUUUCUCGCGCGAGGGCCUCCUGCAUUGUGCCCGCUGUUGGUCUCAUGGUUGUGGGUGUCUUGGCAUUGGGCGCGAUUCGCGCGAAUGUGGCCCCUCAGACUGCUCAGGACCAGGCUGGAAUUGUCCAAUUGGGCGAUUUCAAGAUCCCAACGCUUCCAGCGAAUCCGAUCGAUGAGUUGAAGAAAGAAAUCAAACAACCAAUUACAAAAUUCAAGGCAGACUUGGGCAUCAAUGACUUGAGGGGGAAUCAGAUUGCACUUUGCGUCAUCAAUCUCAACUUGGGAAUCUGGAAGGUGAUUCAGGUGGGAGCACACAUCACCAAAACGGUGGACAAUUGUGCAUAUCAAACCACCAAUAUCGACAAGAAAGUUGCAUGCAAUAUCAAUCUUGCUGCGAUCAUAGUUACUUUGUCAGAAAUGAUGGCCUUCUUCACCAGCACCUCCACCUUAUGCACAGGCAAAACAAACCCAGAUGCCCGCUGCACAGUAUUUAUGGCACUGACCUUCAGGCAUUUGGCGCUCUUUGCUGCAGCUGAGAACCAAAUUGCCCUCUUUUGCCCUAAGGCCUCAUACGAAACAACGGUCGUGGAAGGUGGAGUGAGAACCUAUGAUGCUGCAGGAACGCCGACUUCUUUCGAAUUCAUCCUUUGCUAA